AAGAGAAAAACUGGUAAAUUAUUCGGUUAAUUUUAUUGAAGAAAACAUUUACAAAACCCAUGCAUAAUUCAUUCAACAGAUACAUGUUUUGAUUUGAAUGGAUAAUUCUUAAUGAUUAAACAUUUUCUGAGAAGUCAGAUUAGACUGCUUCAUUUAACUUCCCUGAAUAAAGUUUAAUCCUGGAGCUUCAUUCACACUGACCCUGAAUCAUGCUACAGGGGCGUCCAGUGUCAAUGCUAAGUCAAUACAAAUCUCACCAGAGGUGCAGUGGUCCAAAUUGAGCAUUGAGCGUCGUUCAAUGCUCAAUGGUUGUUUGGCAGCAUGUUUUCGGCAAAACAGUAGGAUUUGGAUCAUAUCUAGUAUUAAGAGUAAAAGAUCCAAACUUGGGCAAAGAAGAUACGUCGCGUCAACCUAUCAGGAACCCAGCUUUGGCCUGUGAGGUGCUGAUGACAUAACCAGUGGGUCGAGUCCAAAACCAACAAGUAGAAUCUGAUCGUUCCCCUUCGGAACAUGAUAUUUUUCUUAGCUCAAUUGAGAUAACGGUAAAACGUUUCUCUAACUCUAUACUUCCCUCUAUUUUUCCUUCCUCUGAGAGCAAGUUGUCAAACCCCGUGAAAGAGAGACAGAAGUGUUGCUGAAAGCAGCCGUCAUUCAGACGCAGCUCCUGCACUAGUUGGUGAAAAUCACAGCACUGCCAGAGUCUCUGAGAGAUUUCUUAAAUCCAGACGUGGAGACGUCAUAACUGAUGUUUUUUAGACGCUCUUCUGGGAAAUUCUGGGAACUACAAAAGAAAACGAAAAACAAACAAAAAAAACUUGCAUUUGAUCUGAUCAGAACUGGAUUACAUUAUUAUGCAAACCAUAAAAUGGGGUAACUAAGUAGGGGUGGGAUUAUAUAAAUUUUCUUCUUCCCACUCUUUUUGAAACAAUCAGUCAAACUCUGCUCGACUAAAUCAAUCAGAUCAAUCAAUCUUGAUUUUGUUUCAAAGCACGGGCAACAGCCCUCUCCCAGGGGCGCCGAAAAGGGAGGGUGGGGUUGGGUGGAUGAUUUUAGGGGCCCAGACUGAGAGGGGGGACCACAGAGGCCCCUAAUAAUGAUGAAAUGAUAAAACAGAAAAAAAAAAAAUCAGUAAAUCGUUAGUGGAUAUAUAGUUAAAAAGAUUUUUAUUUCAAUGUUAUGGUAUCUAUAUAAAUGUUUAUAUUUUUUGUUUUGGAAAAAUUAACAUCAUCUGGACCCCACCCCCCAUAUUUGUUUUAAAAUGGUUCGGUCUGACUGUAUUUGCACAGCCAUGCAGUUUGUGACAGACAGAACCACAGAGUGGGAAGUAAAGAAGAUGUACCUCAAAAACUAGGAUCCCUAAAAAGGAGGGAAAAUAAAUGAAGAGGAAUCUUUGAAAGGAUCAUUAACGUGAACAACUACUAACUUCAGAUGCAAAUACCACAGGAGUUAAUAACGGAGAACCUCCACGGAAAAAAGAACAGAGGAGAAAGCAGAGAUGAGCUCUCAAGUCAGACUGAGGCUGCUCCCGAGUGCCAGAUGUUUGUACGACGAACCCAUUCAGGUAAAAGUCUCACAUCUGAGAUCCAGACAGGUGGUCACCAUUAAAGCCAGCUCGACUGAUGAAAAAGGAGUUCUGUUCAGCUCUUCAGCCACUUACAGGGCUGAUGGCAAUGGAGACAUUGACCUGGUCAGAGACGCCUCACUCAGCGGGAGUUAUGCUGGAGUUGAACCCAUGGGUCUACUGAGGACACUGAAACCACACACUCUGAACACACUUUUCAUGAAGGAGAAAGCAUUAGAGCCUCUCAUGGUGAAGUUCUCUGUGCAUGAUGAAGAAGAACAAGACCAGAUCCUGGCAGAGGAGACCAAUGAGAGGCUUCUGAUGGCAGACGGGGUCAGCCGAGUUUCUGUGAAAGAAGGGAGCUUUCGUGGAGUUCUCUUUACUCCCCCAGGAACUGGUCCAUUCCCUGCCGUGUUGGAUCUAUCUACCAUCAUGUCAGAGAGAAGAGCAGCUCUGCUGGCCAAUAAAGGAUUUGUGGUUCUCACGCUUCCUGUAUUUCAAGAGAAGCUUGGUAACUUGAAAAUGUUGCACCUGGACCCUUUUGAAGAAGCAAUUAUUUUCUUACUACAACAACCAAAGGUGGGCAGUAAACGGAUUGGUAUUAUUGCAAGAUCAAAGGCAGCAGAUGUGGCCCUUUCGCUUGCUGCUUUUGUCCCUGGUGUGGAGGCUGUGGUGUGGAUCAAUGGUUGUUCAGCCAACACUGCAUUUCCUCUGUUCUAUAAGAAAAGACAAAUUCUGCCAGCUUUAAAGGUUGACACCAAGAAAUUUAUUCCAACACAGUCGGGAGCAGUCAUUGCAAAGUAUGCCAUGGAUGAUCCCCUAAAAGAGGAGAACAGAGCCACUGUAAUCCCUAUUGAACAAGCAAACACAAAUUUCCUCUUUGUGGCCUCAGAGGACGAUCUUAAUUGGGACUGUAACAUUUACAAAAUGGAGAUGGAGGAGAGACUAAAGCGGCAUGGGAAGAAAAACUUUGAGAGUAUGUGUUAUCCAAGAGCUGGACACAUGCUAGAGCCCCCUUAUACCCCAUUCUGUCCCUCCAGUGUGAACAUGUUUGUAAAAAUGCAAAUCAUGUGGGGGGGUGAACCGAGAGCCCAUGCAGCAGCUGAAGUUCACCUGUGGAAGAAGAUCCAGGAGUUUUUAAGAAGUCAUGUGAGCUGUGAUCCUGUGCAACUUACAGAUUUAAACUAAGUGUGAACAUGUUGGGACUUUCAACACUGAAGUCAUUCUAAUUGUCUUUAUUACUCUUUUUUGAGACGCCAGUUUACAUGUGUACAGUAAAUCUACUCUUCUUUACAAGCGUGCCAGAGGGGGAAAAGGAAUCCUUAUUUUAAAAAAGAGAAAGAAAAUCUGUUUGAAGAAAAGUCCUGUCUUUUGCAGACUUUUCUAUGAUUUUUCCUUUUUUUAUUUCCAAAAUUUCACAUGAGCUGUAGUCUUUUGUGUCAGCAGAUUAUAAGACACGAACACUGGUUAUCCCAAGCUUUUUGAGCUUGUUAAUGGAUGGGGAAAGUAAAUGAAAAUAUUAGGUCAUUAAAAAUUUGAAUCGCACAAAAGUCCAUAGUUGACUCACAAUUAAUCACAAAAUGAUAAUUACUUUUUUAUAGAUGAAGAAUGUGUAAUUAAAGAGUAUUAAGCAGAUUAUAAGAAUAAGAAUUGUAAAAAUGCAUUGAUUUAAAUAGAAAUAGUGAAUAAAAAAACUUGUUGAAACAUGAAUUUGGUCAUCGUCUCCAUCACGAGCAAUGAAAUAAAUGUGUUCAAGAAUCCAUUCUUUUAAUCUAAUUCAUAUGUAUCAUUUUAAUCCUUACGUUCUCUAAAAUCUGGUUUGUACAUUUCUUGUUGAGUUACAGCGCAGGCUGCGAGGUGAAGCAGAACACGAAGCCUCACAGCAGAUUGUGCAAUCCUAUGUAAACUGGGUUGAACUGUGUGCCACACUUUUGUGGCACACAGUUCAAUGUGUUUUAUGUUAUGUGACAAUAAAUACUCUAAAAAAGUUUUAAAUUGCACUG